AUGACCAACCCCACUGCUGAAGUCAAUGGCAACGGGAAACAGAGGAGCGAUCCUCAACACGAGGAAUAUCAAUACCUCGAUCUGAUAUCUCGAAUCAUCUCCACCGGUCAAUCCCGUCCCGAUCGAACCGGUACAGGAACCCUCGCCUUAUUCGCUCCUCCUUCACUCCGAUUCUCCCUCGCCAACAACACUUUACCAUUACUCACCACCAAGCGAGUCUUCCUUCGAGGUGUCAUCGCGGAAUUACUAUGGUUCGUCAGUGGAUGUACCGAUGCUAAUGUCCUCAGCUCACAAGGGGUGAACAUAUGGGAAGGUAAUGGUUCCAAAGAAUUUUUAGAGAAAGUAGGUUUGGGUCAUAGAGAACAAGGUGAUCUUGGACCUGUAUAUGGAUUCCAAUGGAGACAUUUCGGUGCGGAAUACACUGAUGCUAAAGCCAACUAUGAGGGUAAGGGAGUGGAUCAGUUGCAAGAGGUUAUUUGGAAGAUAAAGAAUAAUCCGACGGAUAGGAGGAUAGUGUUGAGCGCUUGGAAUCCGAAAGACCUACCCCUAAUGGCUCUACCCCCGUGCCACAUGUUCUGCCAAUUCUUCGUCGCCCUCCCCGAUCCCUCUAUCCCAGACGACAAACCUAAAUUAUCUUGUCUGAUGUAUCAACGAUCAUGUGAUUUGGGUCUGGGAAUUCCAUUUAACAUUGCUUCCUACGCUCUUCUCACAUAUAUGAUAGCGUAUAUCACCGAUACCAUCCCUCACGAAUUCAUCUUACAGAUGGGUGAUGCGCACAUAUACAAAGAUCAUGUUGAUCCGCUCAAAAUUCAAUUGGAGAGAGAUCCAAGGGAAUUCCCUAAAUUGAACUUCAAGAGAUCGAGAGAGGAAAUUGGGGAUGUAGAUGGUUUUAAAGUUGAUGAUUUCGAGGUGGUGGGAUAUAAACCUCAUGGAAAGAUUGAGAUGAAAAUGUCUGUGAGUAUUGUUUGA